GGUUCAUUGUCAAUUAUAAUCGAUUUUUUUGUUCUUAUUCGAUAGAAACCAUAUUUGACAGAAGAGUUGUCGAAUAUGUCCCCAUAUUCGACAAAAAUUCUUCUGUCGAAGAUGUAUAAUCGACACCCACUAGGCUGUCGAUUAUGUUUUAAGAUAUUCGACAGCAUUGCUGUCGAAUAUGUAGGAAACGAUGAUGUUUCCUCUAUAUAUUCAACAGCAAUGCUGUCCGUGCCUUUUGGUCCAACAUCCAUCACCUCUAAGCCACCACGCACCUCCAUCGUGCCUUUUAAAAUUGAACCUAGAACACAAGAAGAAUAUGAAGAACUGAAGCAACAAGUAAGGAGGUUGAUAGCUGAUGCUAUCACCAUCGAUCCUUCAAAGAAAUUGCAUUUAAUUGAUGCAGUCCAACGCUUAGGCAUUGCUUACCAUUUUGAGAUUGAAAUUGACAAUGCCUUAGAGAAGAUACAUCUUGGUGGUGUUGAUCAUGUUAAAUCUGAUCUUCAAACAAUUGCUCUUUGGUUUCGGUUGCUUAGACAACAAGGAAUCAAAGUUCCAUCUGAGAUAUUCAAGAAAUUCAUGGAUGAAAGGGGAAAAUUCAAGGAAGAUUUGCUAAAUGAUGUGCUUGGAAUGUUGAAUCUAUAUGAAGCUGCACAUUUUCGCCUUCGUGGAGAAGACAUCCUGGAUGAAGCUAUUGCUUUCACUACCUCUCACCUUGAAUCAAUGGCAACAAAAGUAAGCCGUCAGCUUGCAGAACAAAUAGCCCAUGCCCUAAAUCGCCCCAUCCGAAAAGACUUACCAAGAAUUCAAGCAAGGCGUCAUAUCUCUCUGUACUCUAUAGACAACCAUUUUGCUUCCUCUAAUAUAGCACUACUUAGAUUUGCAAAGAUAGAUUUCAACAUGGUACAAGCCUUGCAUCUAAAAGAGCUUAAUGGAAUUGUUGAGUGGUGGACAAAUCUGGAUUUUGCAACAAAGCUACCAUAUGCAAGGGACAGAAUUGUGGAGUGCUAUUUUUGGACAAUGGGAGUUUACUUUGAACCCAAAUAUUCCCUAGCAAGGACAUUUCUAACUAAAGUAAUAGCCAUGACAUCUGUUUUAGAUGAUACAUAUGAUAAUUAUGGGACAUAUGAAGAACUUGAGCUCUUGACUAAGUGUGUUGAAAGGUGGGACAUUGGUGUCAUAGAUCAACUUCCAGAAUAUAUGAAAUUAAUUUAUCAAGCAUUGUUAAAUGUUUAUAGCGAAAUGGAGGUGAAGGUUGCAAAAGAAGGAAGAUCAUAUGCUAUGGAUUACGCAAAAGAGUCAAUGAAGCAAGCAAUAAGAGUUUACUUUCAUGAAGCCAAGUGGCGAGAAGAAGGCUACAUUCCACCUCCGGAGGAGUAUAUGCAGGUUGCCCUCAUUUCUUGUGGUUAUCUAAUGCUCAUAACAAAUUCCCUCGUUGCCAUGGGAGAAGUUGCAACCAAGGAGGCCUUUGAUUGGAUCUCUAAUGACCCUAAAAUGGUUAAAGCUUGCUCAAUUGUAAAUAGAUUCAUGGAUGAUAUUGCCUCACGUGAGUUUGAGCGAACACGAGAUCAUGUUACAUCAGGUAUUGACUGUUAUAUGAAACAAUAUGGCAUUUCAGAGGAAGACACUGUGAAGGUGUUUCGAGAAGAAGUUGCAAAUGCGUGGAAAGACAUUAAUGAAGGAUUCAUGAAACCAACAGUCCUUCCCAUGCAUAUACUCACUCGAAUUUUAAAUUUUGCUCGUGUGAUGGAUUUCUUAUACAAGGAUAUUGAUGGCUAUACGAACUCUCAUGGUUUGAAGGACCAUAUUGUGUUGUUGCUGGUGGAUCCUAUUACUUUGUGAAAGAGUUCCUAGAACUCCAUUUAAAUUCAAGUGAAAUCUAUGGCUUGUUAUAUAUAUAGCUUGAAGGGAUUUUAUAUUUCAUUUGUAAUGUUUGUAAUGUGUGGGAUUGUUUGUAAUAUAUUUCGUUAAUUAAA